AUGUUGGGCAAGCGUGUGCCGGCGCAGGUAGAGCGGCGUCUUGAAGCAGCGGCCGCACUGCGCGCAGACCACCGGCUGGGCCUCGUGAAUGAGCCGCACGUGUUGGCGCAGGUUGGAGGCGUUGGAGUAGCGGCGGCCGCAGCGCGCGCACUGCACGCCGCCCGCACCGCUCGCGCCGCCCGCUGCCAACAACACCACGUUCGACUGCGCUACGCCCCGCCCCGCCCGUCCGCUCGCCUACCCGCCACGACCGCGCCAACGCGAACUAAUAUCCCCCCCGCUCUAUCUUCCAACAGGAUUUUCUCAAGUUUUGUUUCCCCUCGACACUGCUGCAUCGCCAUACAGAAUACUCCCGAGUUUAUUCUCAAUAGUUUAUAUUAA